AACUGAGCUGUCCCGGAUUACUUAUAAUUAUUCCAGCUAUGAUUAUGUAUUAAGAACUCCAACCCUGCAGUCAAUAUUUGUCAUAGCACAACACUUGUAAUGGCGGUUGCAGCCGAUUGCCAAUUCGACACGAAUUGGCGCCUGAGUGAACUUGAUCUAUAACUCUAGUACUCAUUGUUCAACAAGUCUUCCUAGGCAACCAUGUCGGACCCGGUCGCUUCGAAGUCUGGCUUCCUAUCCAUGUACAUGAAGAACCAUCCUGAUACAUUAGUUGCAUAUGUCAAAUAUUUCGGGAAAGUUGAGGGCAACGUGCUCACUGCUGAGAUGUCUAGCAUUGACUCUAAGGGUAUGACGCUGGUGUAUAAACUCAAGUCCGGACAAUCGAAUACGACCCGGGUGUCAUUUGACCCACCGCUUUCAGGGUACGAGGAAGUCAAACCCCGGCUUUUGAGUAUGAAGGCAGAGGCCCAGGAGAGCCUUGGUAUGAUCAAAGCUCCACAAAUAACCACAUUCCAGAUUCCUCGCACGGCUGCCAUCGUAGGAAUCCCUUUGUUCGCAUACUUCUAUUUCCUUUCGCCACCACCGCCUGACACUACAUUCCUCUUCAUACCUGUCACCACUAUGAAUGCAUUCUUCUCCCCAGCGCACGCGUUUAGAAAUACCACUGGUCUUGGUCUUUCCUUUCGAACCGCUUGCGCAAUAUUCUGCGCCAUUCAUGGGGCUGAAACGCUUUACACAUGGUCACUUUGUAGGCACUAUGUUAAGGGCGCUAUUGUAACGGCUGCUUAUGUUGCAUGUACGAUGAUAUUCGGAUACCCGAUGUGGGCAGACCUCAAAAGACGCGUUCAACAGAAACGCAUCGAAAGUGUUAUGAAGGUUGAGUGAUCGAACUUGUAUAAACUUGCCUUUCGGGAUGAUUGUAUAUGUUCUUGUAUGAUGACAUCGAUGUACUUUAAUGUUUCUGGCGUUCAACUUGGGCCUGUAGUUGUAACAAUCUGAAUAUUUGUUUUUAGGAUUCAGGAUUCUCAAUGGGCUUCAAUCAACUUCGGCGUAUCGCACUAGAACCUGUGGGGAGAGCUGUCUUCGCAUUCGGGGCUACUCCAAGUAAUUCAUCUGCACUGGUGCCAACCACCAGGAACGU